AUGAAUAAGUCAAGGGAUUGGAAUGUUGUAGAUGAUGAACUUAAUAGAAAAUUUAAACAUUUAUAAGAGUUGAAGUCAUCACUUGAUGAUUAAUCUGCUGAAUUAUUACUUCAAAAUAAGGAUCAAAAUUAAGGUAUGAGAAAUUUUUAUUCAAAAAUUAGAAUAUAGUAAUGACAUUAAUUACUAUAAAGAAUUCUGGAGAUUUUAUAUACUAAAUGAAAUGACUAUAAAAAAAGUGAAUGAAUUGCACUCAUAAAAUUAAAAAUUACAUGAAUUAAUAGCUGAAAUUGAUGUAAUUAUAUAUAGAUAUAGCAUAGAAAUUAUAACAAGAAUUGCAUCAAGCUUUGAGUUAUCGACAUAAAAAGAAAAAUAGACGUACUUCUUAAGAGAUAGAGAAAUCUUUUGUAUGUCCAUAUGAGAAAUGUAAUAAAUAGUAUGGGAGUGAUGUUUCUUUAAAUUUACAUAUUAAAUUGAAACAUGAUGGAGGGAACAAAACUGACAGAGAAAAAUUUGCUGUAAAAUCUGUUAUUUAUUGAUUUCAUUUAGAAAAUGAUUAUUGAAGCACAAUAAAAUGGAGAAACUAUUACUGAUUUGAAUAUCAACAUAAAAUUCCCUCCAGGAUACUUGGAUGUACAAUUUAUUUAAUUGUAGUAAUUCAAAAAUCAAUUUAUGUUAAGUUAAUAAAAUUAGUUAAACUAAGAAAGAUAAUCAAUCGAACAAGAUUGA